GUGUACCGAGUCGCAGUGUUUAUUAUUUUCUGCCCCUAUCCUUAAAUUGUUUGUACAUAAUAAUAAUACAUACAUACAAUAAAUACAUCGAUGGAUUGAAAAAUGGCCUAAUGUUUGGAAUAAAUGAUGUCUUGCGCGGGCCCCCCUUAUGCAGAUGGUGGCACUCUUAUGUGCAUUUUAUUAAUUAAAGUCAUGUGAAAAUGUCGCAUAACAUUUUAUCAGCUGGACUCAAAUGCAACGAGUGUGUGUAAAUUAUAAUUAUUUAAUUUGUGUUCCCAUACUUUCACAAGAACAGAAAAACCAAACAAUAGUGAACAAAAAUCAAAAUCCAAAAAUCAAGUGUUUAAAGUUCGGUUAUAUACAUACAUACGUAACAAAAAAUAAAUAAACAAAUAAGGGCUAGCAGGAUAACAAAAACAAAAACCGACAAGAGCACCAAGCGAACGUUGUGGUCAAGAGAGUGAAUAAAGAGAGUGAGAGAGAAAAAAGAGCGGCGCGCAGCCAGUUUGAUGUUGCUGGCAAGCGCGCGCUGAAAACGAAAAAUGUCAACGUUCUUGAACAAUUUUUUCCCGGCAGAUACGGCUGCUAUGGAUCCACUUUUCUUCUCGCCCUCGAAUGGUAUACCGUCAGAAAGUAAACUCGCAACUUAUAUGGUAACAGCUCAACCGCCCGAAUUCAUUCCAACUCGCCUCAACAUCAAUUCGUCGCCGAACUUCUACUCACCAUAUCAUAAUACGCCCUUGCAAUUGAGUAAUGGCCUUAACGGCGUCAAUGGAUUAACAGCAGUAGCUGCCGCCGCCGCCGCAGCCCAAGCAGUAGCGACUACGUCCACGGCCGCCGCAUCCGCAUCCGCGACGAUCAGCAAAACGGUGAAUGGCACAAACUCCAUGCUCGGACUGCAGAAGACGGCCGCCGUCGCCGCAGCCACAGUUGUCCAGCAACAAAAACAACAACAGCAGCCUUUGGUAAAUGCAACGGGGGCGCCCAUAUCAGCGCCCAUCGCUAUCACCGGAGCCCCACCAAAUCCUGCCGCAACUCCAUUCGUCAGCACCAUGUCAACACAGACACCCCAUAAAGGACGCAGCGCCCUGCUACGCAACGACUCGCCCACGGCCGCACUACUCGGUGGCGCCGGUGAGAAAACUCCCCCGCAUGGAGUGACGCCGCACACCGCCUCGCCCAUACCAACAACGCUCCCGACGAGCGUCCAUCAGGAAAACGUCGGAGGCACGAUUUAUUUUUAUCCAACUGCCAAUGCACAGAGCAGCAAUCCGGUUGUCAACCCUGUGGCUGUGGAUGCCACCCAUCCGGCACACCAUGGCGUAGGGGUUGGGGUCGGUGCAGUUGCCCCACUGAGCGGUGUGGGCGGUGUCCCUUCGAGCCUGCUCUAUACUGGCCACGUCUAUCCCGGUCCCGCCUCCAAUGUGAUUGCCAUGCAGCCUAAAACUCAAUUGGAAUCAGCUUUCUUUAUACCGGAUGAUAUGCGCACAGAAAUUCUUGCCCGCAACGAGAUCUCGAACCUCAUAACGGACCCAGCAGAAGCCGCGCAGCACGCCCUGCCAAUGGAGGUUGACAACUAUCAUGCCCUGUACCCACUGGAACCACCGGCACAACCUUUGCAAGCCAAACUAACGCUGCCGGCAAGCACGUAUCGGGCAACGCACAAUACAACGGGCUUCAAAUACUGUUUGAGAAGGUUACACGGUUUUCGAUUGCAAUCCACGAAGUGUAUGACACUGGUGGAGAUGUGGAAGAAGCUGCAGCACACGAACGUGGUACAACUCCGUGAAGUUUUCACAACAAAAGCAUUUGGUGAUAACUCCUUAGUAUUAGUUUACGACUACUAUCCUGGCUCACAAACAUUGCUAGCCAAAUAUUUUACGCCAACGCCAGAGACCAAUGGCUACACCGAUCCAUUCCAAGGCGAGGCGCGUCCAUUCAGUCAUAAAAGUAACUUGCAGCGUACAAACAACGGACCACUGCUGGCGGAGUCCACAAUAUGGUCGAUUAUCAUGCAACUGACUGCUGGUCUUCGGGCUAUCCACCAGGCAGGACUCGCUUGCAAAAUACUAGACCCCACGAAGAUCAUAGUGACUGGAAAGCGUGUGCGCUUUAGCAACUGCUGUAUCUCAGAUAUAACGCAAUUCGAUCCAAAUGCGACGAAUCCCUUGGCACUCGUGAACAUGCAUCAGCAGGACGAUUUAACCGCUUUAGGUCGCUUAGUAUUAGCCUUGGCCUGUCGCUGCCUUCAGUCCGUGCAGCGCGACAAUGUGCAGUCUAGCAUCGAUAUGGUGACGCGAAACUACUCUACAGACUUGCGUAACUUUAUUGUCUACCUUUUCACCACGAACAAUCGACGUUCUGUGACCGAUCUAAUGCCGAUGAUAGGAGCACGUUUCUACACACAACUCGAUGCGCUACAAUGCCAGAUCGAUAUGCAGGAAGACGAGCUGGCUAAGGAAAUGGAAAACGGACGUCUAUAUAGGGUUUUGGUCAAGCUAAACACUAUCAACGAAAGGCCUGACUUUAACUUAGAUUGCACUUGGUCGGAAACAGGAGACCGCUAUAUGCUGAAAUUAUUCCGUGAUUAUCUAUUCCAUUCCGUCACUGAAGAUGGCCGCCCUUGGCUGGACCACGCCCACAUUGUGCAGUGCCUGAAUAAAUUGGAUGCUGGCUCGCUUGAUCGCGUUCAACUGAUGUCACGGGACGAGCAAUCGGUACUAAUUGUAUCCUAUGCAGAACUUAAAAACUGUUUAGAGAACGCAUUCUCCGAACUAAUAUCGAGUGCUGGAAAUUGAACCAAGCAACCAACUCUGCUCACUCACCAAUACAGCAAGCGACCACAAACGAUAACGAUUCAUACGUUUAAACAAACAAACAAAUAAGAAUAAAAACAAAAAAUAAAAUGUACGCGUUAAAUUAUAAGACAUUUCGGCACACGCCGAGUAAAAAGCGAUAAAAGUAUAAAUUGUAAUGAUAAACAACAAACAACCUACUGUUUAAGCAAUGCAGAAAAAGAAAGGAAAAACCACUUAAUAUCCAAUGUUACGUAAGCUCUAAUUUAAUUCUAAGUAUUUAAAAUCAAAGAAGAUGAAACAACUCAAAGAAAAACAAACAGACAAACAAACAAAUCAACUCGAAACGACAGGUAACAGAGGAUACAACUGUUUGAACGCGUAAUUAAUCUCUCCAAAUUUAAAAAUUAAAAAACAAAACACAAAAAGAAUUCUUUUUAAAUGUAAAACAAAAAGUAGAAAACAUUCGAAACAAGAAUAAAAGAAACACGUUGAUCUAUUUUUACAGACCCUAAGAGAAUGGAACUUAAAAAUAUAUAAAAAGCGAAAAAAAUUGUAAAUUCAACAAAAUUGAAAAAAAAAAAAAAACAUAAAAAGAGAUAACAAAAAAGGAUAAAGGAAGCAGUGUACAGAAAGGGAACAGGGAACAUCAAAUGUAAAAGUAUUUGGAUUAUGAACGCCCCCUACUAGACAAAUGACUUGAACCUAAAAAUGUAACAAUAACAUUUUUAUUUUUUAUAGCUGCAUGAUUUUAUCAAAGAAAAUACAACAACAACAAAAACAAAAAAACUACAACAAGGAACCACUUAUAGGAGAUAUUUUGUGUAAUGGACGUGUGCAAAUCGAGCGAUGCACAGCGCAUCUGCUAAAUAUUAUAAUUAAAACAUAAAGAAAAACAAUUCCGUUUUAUACAAUUUAUUUUAGAUACUUGCAUAGGUUUUUUUUAAAAAUAAAAAUAAAAUGUAUUUUUUCAAAAUGUAACAAAACUCCCAACACUUUUAAACUAACAAACAGAUAAACUGUUUGCAAUUUUUAAGACUAAGUCGAGUCCCCGCAAAAUUUUGCAAAUCUUCAAUUCGCGCUGUGCUUGCGUGUUCGCAUAUCCACGAAAUAAAUAUAAACGAGCCAAACAACCGAAUCUAAAUCUUAUAGAAAAGAUGAUAGUACUACACCACCAUUGCGACAGAUAUAGGAGGUGCAUAAAAUACACAUUAAGUACAAUUUGAUAAAUAUUUAUAUAUAGAUAUGGAAGUAAGUACAUUAACGAAAAGAGGAGCCAACCUAACCACUGUUCUGUUAAAUCACUUUUUUGUUGCCUUACGCAGUUGUCGAGUCUGUCAGUCGUUAAUGGAUUGAUUGUAUAUUAUUGUAAUCCUUUAAAGCGCAUUGUCUUUUUACGAGCGAUGCGAGACUGGAUUGUUUUAAUUGAUUGAUUCAUUGCUUGAUUUUUACCCAAGUUAAUUCUUAGAGUUUUUUUAUACUGACUUUCUUCUUAUGUUUCGUCGGACCUAUUGUGUAAUUUCGCUUUUUAAAUAUUUUAUACUUCAACAUAAGACUUAUUAUUAUUUAUAAACACGAAAAAUGUGAAAGAAAACUUUUUAAAAAACCAAUAAAAAAUAAUAAAAUGUUAAA